CGUUUACUAUUUUUUCAUUCAUCACAGAGAGUAGAUGUAGACGUUGCUUGAAACAUCUAUUCUCUAGCUCUGGUAGAGGGCUGGCAACUACUUUAGUUCAUGAUUUCUCGAGAGAUUCAAGACCGCAACAAGCAGAAGCUGGGAAUCCGGGUCCCUUCCCGGUGUAACUACAGCGGCACCUCCCGAGAAGAAAAGCUUACCACUGGGCUCUUUGUUGCUCUCUGCCGCCACGACAGCGGGGCGAACAUCAUCUUUAGGCAGUCUUGUAUUAUGGCAUAUACUCUUCAUAUGGAAGUCGCAUACUCGAAAUCUUAUGAAAUAUAGGAGCAACAAAAAAAAACUACGCACUAACAAGGCAUCGGAGCAGAUUAUUAUCUAGGCUACUCGGUUAUUUCAAUUUAUCGAUGAGUAAGUCCGUCAUACACGUUGAAGACUCUACUUCUAAUAAAAUGCAACCACGAGUUUGUUUUUCAACAGGUGCAUAAACUUACUAUGUAUACUAGAUUGUCGAUUGUACCGCAUGAAUAGAUAGAUACAGUGGACGUCGUACUUGCCGAGUUGAAGUCUACAUGUAUGGUCCGAGUGCAUGUACGGCACAACUACAACUAGGACAUCUCAACUUGGAUCAUAUCUAAUUCAUCUUGGACGAUGGGCUCUCCAUUGCGCAGCAGCUUCAGCGGGUGUUUGUGGGAUCUUGCUAGGAGCCGCUUAUUUUCGCGACGUUCAUGAGGAUGAGGAUUAUGAUGUGGCUUUGGCUAUUGAAGAUAUUCAUAGAAGAAGAUUAGGAUCUUCUGUUGGAUGGAAAGCGGAUCACUCGAUGAUACAUUUACAUCCGAUAUCUUCGGUUAGGAACAUCAAUCAUAUCAAUCAACGCCGUUAUACUCGGUAGAAGAGAGCCUUAUCUUUAUCACAAGGUAGGCCAUAGGGCGCCUCCUUUGGCUCCAAGACGUAGCGUAACAAGUUUCCUGACUAUUUUGAGGCCGCUACUUUCAAACCUCACGUCUAAGGAGUAGAAUAAUUUAUACUAUCUUCGAUAGAGAAGUGUACAGAUACUGUCUGAUCAUUUUUCGAAGAAUUAUGGCAUGGUGAGAUGAAUGACUCAUAUUUAUACAUAUUCUAAAAUUUCGUGGAGCAUUUCGCUUCUACCGGAAUACAACGACCGAGUUCCAGUGACGCAGGAUGGAGACUGUUGAACGGAAAGCUUGAACUUUUUCUAGAAGAUAUAGCAAGCCAAAAUUGAUUCAUUCUGAGCACAAUUCUGAGCAUGAGCAGCAACUUCCGUAGGCUAACCUAAAGACUACAUCCCACAUGACUAUAAAGGAACAAAAGCCAUUUCAUGUGCAUUUUCAACCAAUAUAUUGGUGGAUUGCAGGAGUAGAUCUAGAUGGUUAUGGAAGCUCCCGCUGCCUGUGUAGUAAGAUGACAACAAGCCCAAGAUAAAAAGUUUGUGUUCAUCUGCAGACGUGAUUUAUGUCUGCGAGAUUUAUGAUAUUGGGUUGGAGGCUUAGCCUUGACAAAAAAAUUACAGUCAGACUCAAG